UAGUGAAAAGAUCUGUGUAAAUAGAUUUUAAAAGUAAUUUGUUUGAAUUUUACUAAUAUUAUUGACAAUAAAUGUGUUGAAUACAAAGAAUAUAACAAGAUAGUACAAGUCGAAAAAAAUAUUUGUAUUUUCAAAUGAGUUAGUCAAAAAGUGUAUGAAAUGAUGAUUUUGUAUUGUCUUUUUUUUUUUGAUUAAUCUGGGAAUAUCCAGGUUCACGGAGAAAUCCAGACUAAUCCCCAAAAAGAAGUGCAUUAGGUGGAUCAAAUCUGAAACCUCUUAGCGUCCCAACCCCGCCUCUUUACCACUUUACCAUAAUCACCCGGUAAUGUAUUUGUCUUUUAUACUACCAAGCUCGCUCCAACUACUUCGCCUAUCUAGUACGCAUGUGUCGUGUUUUAUUUCGGAGAUCUCGGCAUGUUGCAUAACCGUUUAACCGCAAGAUAACUAAGUCUUGGUUAUUAUCCGUUAAACUCAUACGCAAAUAACCAUUUGAAUCGAAAUAGUUGGGCUUCGUCGUUGAUCAUGCGAUUAUUAUCAAUUUAUCCUGUUUCCAUUAGAUAUUUACCGAACCAGAUUUAUUUUUUAAAUCAUGUUCCAACAACUAACCCAUUUACAAAAGCCAAUGAUUUUUGAGAUAAGAAUACUAGUAUAUAUAGUACUGCAAGUCUGCAAGUUUGACAAUUUGUUGACAUUCAAUAUUGACACCGUUGGUGUAUAAAGUUCUUAACAUUCUUAUUACGAAUCCAUUAUUUGUAACAAUUUUGGUGCAUUCAGUUACAGUAAUCGUACAAAACAGUACUCGCUAUAUUAUUAGUUGACGUCAAUUAUAACUUAUACUCUCCAAUAUUAACUAGCACUUAUAAUUGUAACGGUAAAUUUACAAAAAUUCACAGGCAGCAGUCUGCAGAUCAAAGGCAAUGAAUGUAACUUUGGUCAGAAUAGACUAAACUAACUCCUCGCUUUGACUUUAUCAAAUGUCAUGUCGUAUCUGUUGCCGCGUUUGACUAGUGAACACUUUCCCUCCUCAUAUCUAUACGUACAUAUAUACAUCCGCCAACCUUUCAUUGCACAUCUACAUAAUAAUACUAUAUUUCUAUAUAUAUACCAUCCUCCUAUCGUAUCUGCUAUUCUGCUUCAACUUCAUUACAAACAAACCAUAAACUUCUCCCUUUUUAGUAAAAAACAAAGUAUUUUUUUUACAGAAGAAACAAAGAGGCAAGAAAACCAAAUAAAGCAACAAACAAAACAGAGUUUUGAGAUUAUGGGGAAACACUUGUUCCGAUCAUCUCCUCCACCGGAGAAACAACCAGCUCACCAAACACUCGCCGAGUCAGCUGUACAAGAGUGUAUCAGCAAAAUCAACACAGUCAUAUCCAAAUGGACUUCUCCUUCUCCUUCUUCCGACGCACACCUCUUCUCCACCAACAGUCGUCGCGAAGCAGAGGAGUUCGCUGAAGCCGUCAGGCAUCUACACAUCACGAUGCACCGUUUAGCCGCCGUCAACCCCUCAUCUGAAAAGCUAGUCUACGCUCAGAACCUAAUGCAGUCAGCUAUGAACCUUCUCGAAUCAGAAUUCCACCGCGUGCUGAAGGAGAACCGACAGUAUCUAGACCCUGAAUGCGUCUCAGUCCGAUCCUACAGAUCGUCUAGAUUCGCAUCGACACCAACCAGCGUCUCCGACUCCGAAGACGAAACCUUCUACGAAGAGAACGCUGCAGAAGAACAUAGAUUCUCCGGGGGAGAUUCCGACGCAAUGGACGAUCUCAAGAUGAUUGCUGACUGCAUGAUCUCAACCGGAUACGCCAAAGAAUGCGUUAAAGUCUACAAAACAGUACGGAGAUCGAUCGUGGACGAGACGCUCCACGGCUUAGCGGUGGAGAGAUUCACUCUCCACCAGGUUCAAAAAAUGGACUGGGACACUCUCGAGUCCAAGAUCAGGACCUGGCUGCCAGCUGUCAAGCUAGCCGUUAGGUCCCUCUUUUUCGGAGAGAGGCUUCUCGCCGAUCACGUCUUCUCCUCCUCCCUCAACAUAGUCGAGUCCUCCUUCACCGACAUCACUCAAGAAGGAGCCUUAACGCUCUUCACCUUCCCGGAGAACGCGGCCAAGAUCAAGAAACUCUCGCCGGAGAAAAUGUUCCGGUUCCUCGACAUGUACGAGUCCCUCGCGAGCCUCUUCGUCGAGAUCGAGUCCAUCUUCUUCUUCGACUCGGCCGCCGCCGUCAGAGCUCAGGUGAUCAACUCGCUGGCGAAACUCGGCGACGCGGCGAGGCUCAUGAUGACGGAUUUCGAAACGGCGAUUCAGAAGGAAACCUCCAGAACGCCGGUCGUCGGCGGCGGCGUUCACCCUCUCACGCGCUACGUCAUGAACUAUCUCUCCUUCCUCGCGGACUACGACGAGUCCAUCGCCGUGAUCUUCGAGAACUGGCAGAUGACCUCGCCGCCGGAGUCUUUCGCCGGAGAAGAAGCUCGUCCGGAGGAGCUGUACUCGUCUCCGGUGUCGGUACGUAUCGCGUGGGUGAUCCUCCUGACUCUUUGUAAGAUCGACGGCAAAGCUCAGCCGUAUAAAGACGUGGCGCUGUCUUACCUCUUCCUCGCGAACAAUCUCCAAUACGUCGUCGUUAAGGUGCGUUCGUCGCCUGGCUUGAAGGUUCUUCUCGGGGAGGAUUGGGUGGUGAGGCACGAGGGGAAGGUGAAGCAGUACGCGGAGAAGUUCGAGAAGCUCGCGUGGGGGAAAGUGGUAACGUCGUUACCGGAAAAUGCUAAGGAGGAGAUUGCGCCGGAGGAGGCUAGAGAGCUGUUCGGUAGGUUUAACGACGAGUUCGAGGCGGCGUACCGGAAACAGAUGUCGUGGGUGGUGCCCGACCCGAAACUUAGGGACUGGAUCAAAAUCUCGUUGAGUGGGAAGCUCGUGCCGGUUUGUGCCGAGUUUUGCGAGGUGAACCGGUUCGGUUUGGGAGGAGAUGGGUUUAAUGUCAGGUAUACCCCUGAAGAUAUUGGAAACUACUUGUCGGAUCUUUACUUUGGAAGUAGAGGGUCAGGGAGUGCGUCGACAAAAGGCUCAGGUUCCGGAUCCGGAACCGGUUCGUCGACUACGGUUAAAUCUCGUGGAGGACGUAGCCAUUGAAUGAGAAUCUCGUGAUAUAUUAAAUUUUUGUUUUAGUUGAUGUGGUUAAGUGCAUACAGUGAUUAUGUAUGAUCGUGUCAUAUAAUUAAUAUGUUAAAUUAUUCAUCGAAUUAUCGUUAUACCAUAAUAAUCAUUCGAUAAUUUUUUGGAA